CGUUCCGGAAAAAAGUUUCAUUCAGUUGAAGUUGUUUGAAGGAAGCAGUUGUCUCUUCUUUCCACGUUUUGCAAAAAUGAAGGUUCUCAUUGCUUUCCUCGCGCUGAGCGCUUUGGCUCUUGCUGCCCAGGCUCAGAAGAAUGGAGAGGGCUGUGUUCUCUGCAAGUAUGUCUUCAACAUCUUGGAGGAUGAGCUGAAGAACAACAACAAGACGGAGGCCGAGAUUGAGGCCGCCUUGGACAACGUGUGCUCGCGUUACCUGCCUUCUUCCAUCUCUUCUGAGUGCCAGCAGCUUGUCAACGAACUCGGUCGUGAGUUCCUGAAGAACAUCGAGUCCGUCACUGCCGAGCAGUUCUGUGAAUACACCAAACUGUGCUCCGCCACCAAGUCCUUGAAGGAUCUGACCAUGAUGCGCAAACUCCGUGGAGAGGAAGCAUGCCACAUCUGCGAGGGUGUCUUGACUAACGUCCACAACGCUCUCUCCAACCACGCCACUGAGGCCGAGAUUGAGAAGGUCCUGUCUGAGGUAUGCACCAAGGUCCCAAGCGCCGUCCGCACCGGAUGCCAUCUGGUCGUCUCCCUGUAUGGUGAGAAGAUCAUCUCGAUGCUCGCCAAUGAUAUCAAGCCCGCUGUCAUUUGCAAGGACAUCCACCUUUGCUAAUAAACACACUUAGAUUUGUUCUCUCUGAGUGACAUUUUUAUCGCUUUUUCUAAAAAUUCGAUCGUACAUGUAUCCAUGUGCCCGCCAUAUGUUGAUUUGUAUUUAUCAAGUAAAAAAUGGUCGUAAAAUCGG